AUGAAACAAUAUUUCAAAACAAAGCACGCUGAUUUGUUAAAAAAUCGCUUAAAAUUAUCACUUUUAUUUGUUUAACUACAACAUUUAGAAAACAUACGUAGUGUAUAAGUUAUAAAAAUCAAGUAAGUAAAUCAUCAUCGACAGCAACGCCGCAAAACCGUUGAGUCAACAUGGAAGAAGGGCUGAAAAAUCUGAAAAUACUAAAACAAGGAGCUGAAGCUAAGUUGUACAUUUGUAACUAUCUUGGAAAACCAACGCUAAUCAAAGAGAGAUUCAAGAAAAAGUAUCGCCAUCCAGAUUUAGAUGAGCACAUAACCAAAGAUCGGAUUAAAAACGAGGCGCGUUCCAUAGUCCGGUGUAAAGCAUUCGGUGUACGAACUCCAGCAUUAUAUUUGGUAGACUUCCACAGAUCACGAAUUUAUAUGGAGCACUUAGAAAAAAGUAUUACAGUAAAAGAUUUUAUCAUAAAACACGUCACAGAUGAUACAAAACCAAGAUUAAACACUGUAACAGAAAUGAUUGGACAAAAUGUGAGAAAAUUACACGAAAAUAAUAUCAUACAUGGAGAUUUGACGACCUCAAAUAUGUUGCUUAUUCCUAAAUCUGGGAAUGAGGAGCAGGACUGGCUUAGUGGGGAUUUAGACCUGGUGAUGAUUGACUUUGGACUGUCCUAUAUUGGUACUAGUGCUGAAGAUAAAGGAGUAGACCUCUAUGUCCUCGAGAGGGCAAUAAUAAGCACUCAUAAUGACUACCCAGACUUAUUUAAAGCUAUUUUAGACGCCUACAAAAAGCAAUGUAAGAAGAAAAUUGAAGAGACUAUUAGCAAGUUUGAAGAGGUUAGGGCUAGAGGGAGGAAGAGAACUAUGGUUGGAUAGUUUUAAGCAAUAAAUGUUUUGUUUUGUA